CUGCAGCUCUUGAAUGCCAUCCAGUCGCCGCCUUGAACUUCGGACGGAGAACGCUCGCAGGAGCAGAAGUCAUGGCUGACCCCCCCGCGAUCAUAUGGGAGCGCGAAGUGAAGCGCCUGCUGCGCUACAGAGAGCUGGUCCCCCGUCUGGAGGAGGCCCUGGGCAAAUUCUCCAGGCGCGACAGCGCGGAGGUGGUCCAGCCUGUGCGCACCACAAUGGCCCUGCCGAAACACAACGGGUUCAUGGGACAGAUGCCUGCUUACAUGGAGAAUGACGGAGUCCUGAGCACCAAGCUCGUGUGUUUCUACAAUAGGGAGGACGGUUCCGCUCUGCCAGCCACUCAAGCCACAGUGGUGCUGCUGGAUCCAGCGUAUGGGAAUGUCAAGGCUGUCGUGGCCGGAGAGGUCAUCACGGGCAUGAGGACGGCUGCAGUCUCUGCAAUCUCUGCAAAGCUGCUGAUGCGUCCAGGGGCAGAGGUGUUGGCCAUCUUGGGGACUGGCAAACAGGCCCUGACUCAUUACAAUGUCUUCACUGAAAUAUUCUCAUUUAAAGAGGUGCGUGUGUGGAGCCGCACACGAGAGGGAGCUGAGAGAUUUAGGCACUCUGUAAGUGGUCCUGUGACGGUAUGUGACUCAGCGGAGGAGGCGGUGAGGGGAGCAGACGCCAUAGUGACAGUAACCAGAUGCACUGAGCCGGUGCUCUUUGGUCAGUGGGUCAAACCAGGAGCCCAUGUGGCAGCGGUGGGAGCCUGCAGGCCAAACUGGCGGGAGCUGGACGACGUGAUGAUGAAGGAAGCCGUGGUGUACACUGACAGCAGAGAGGGAGCAAUGGCCGAGUCUGGUGACAUCAUAUUCUCUGGGGCAGAGGUGUUUGCAGAGCUUGGAGAAGUUAUUAAUGGGACAAAACCCGCGCUUAAAGAGAAAACGACUGUGUUCAAAUCCCUUGGAAUGGGGGUUGAAGAUGCAGUGUCUGCUAAGCUGGUAUUUGAUCAAUGGAAAGCCAAAGACAGCCAACCAUGACGUGGCCAGUCCUCUCUGUUUGACCUCUGUGGCACACAAGCUGAUCAAGAUCGAGGCAACGAAAAAAAAGUCACUUCUGUAUAACCUGACUGAUCAACCUGCCUCUGCCUGUGUACAAAUCUUGCCAUAGAGCUGUAUAUUAAAUACCGAAGUGAUUAAUUAA